AUGGACCAACUCUCAGUGAUGAACCUCCAGCCUUUGGCUUGGGCCUUCAGCCGCCCAUGGGCGCCGUCCGCCAGCCCUCCUCCCGCCCACAUCAUCACGCCCUCACAGAUGUCCCGCAAGGCCAAGGCCUUCACCAUCGACGCCCUUUUGGGACUUGACACUCAAAAGGAUCUUCCUGACACAGCCGCUUCCCCGCCUGCGUCUCCGAUCUCCCUCCUUCACCAGGACUCUUACGACACCGCCCUCAGGGACGCCCCCGGAAAGAUCAAGCGACAUCGCACAGUGUUCACGGAGUCGCAGCUUCAGCGACUGGAGGAGGAGUUCCAGCGGCAGCAGUACCUGGUGGGCCCCGAGCGGAAGCAGCUUGCUAGCCAACUCCAGCUGAGUGAUUUACAACUGAAAGUGUGGUUCCAGAACCGACGCAUCAAGUGGCGCAAGAACCAGCUGAGCGCGACGCAGGAUCGCGACGCCUGUACGUCUCCUCCGGCGUCGCAGUAGGAAGAUGACGGAGCCGCUUC